GAAAGUGUCGCGGGUGCGUUGAUUUUUACGUUACCUUAAGGUCAAGUGUUGUGGGUUAGUUUAAUACAUCGGAAGUCGUGACCUUCGAUUAUUCGAGAAACAGUGUAGUAUCUUCAAAUACGUCUUAAUUGAUUAGGACACCGGAAUACUUGUUUUUUCCCUUUUCCUUUGGAUUCCAACUGGUCUAUGGGUCAAAAGCAACCAAAAUUAAAACAAGAUGCUGUUGAUGAAUUACUGAAUCAAACAUCUUUCACAGAAACUGAAAUUCAAGACUGGUAUAAGGGAUUUUUAAAGGAAUGUCCAACUGGUCAUUUAUCGGUUGAUGAUUUUAAACGUGUUUAUACAAAAUUUUUCCCAUAUGGUGAAUCUAGUCGAUUUGCCGAAUAUAGAUUUUCUCUCUUCAUUAAAUAUUACUAAUCGUGGUGAUUUAACACAGAAAUUACAUUGGGCAUUUAAAAUGUAUGAUUUAGACAAUGAUGGUUAUAUAUCAAAACAAGAUUUAGUUGAAGUUCUUACGGCUAUUUAUGCUAUGGUUGGUUCAGCUGUUGAAUUUCAUGCUACUGAUUCUACACCAGAGAAACGAGUUGAGAAAAUAUUUCAAUUGAUGGAUUUAGACAGAGAUGAUCGUUUAUCAUUAGAUGAAUUUAUAAAUGGUGUAAAAUGUGAUAAAUUAUUAAUGCGUCUGCUGACAUUAAAUACAACAACACAUUCGACAGGAGGAGGAGGAGGAGGACAUCAGCAUUGUGAUCAAACAAUGAAUAAUGGAUUGGGAUGUUGUACACCAACUACACCUACGAAUACCAGUACUACACAUAAUCCUCAAUCUAAUGAUACUAAUAAUGAUUGUACAGAUACAUCGAUGGUUAUAAAUCAAUCAUUUUCUAAACAGAAUAUCAUUGCUGAUACCUCAGAGAUUUAA